AAUCCGGCUCGAUUAAAUUUCAUGUUUUCACAUUUUCAGAAAAUAUUGCACAAAGGUGUGAAAUAGUGACAGAUAUAAGCAUUCUUUCUUCAUUAUGCAAUAUUUUUAAGUAUUGAUGUUGCGACAACUUUGCAGUACUGCCAGUAGACUAUUAUUCGAUACUCUGAAAACAUUCCCCAGGGCAACAUCACAAUCGUAUCCCUUUGCCCACUAUGUUAAAAGCAAUCUAAGGACAAUGAAGAUUGACACACCAGAAUUUAAAGCUGUCUUCACUCCUGAACUGGACCAACUGAUUGCCAUCUUCAAAAAGUAUGAUUAUGAGCUGAGAAUAGCAGGGGGAGCAGUGAGGGACCUAUUACGUGGAAUAACACCACAUGAUGUGGACUUUGCCACCACUGCAACUCCUGAUCAGAUGAAAGAGAUAUUUGAAACUGAAGGGAUUCGAAUGAUUAACACUAAGGGAGAGAAACACGGUACAAUAACAUGUAGGAUUAAUGACAAGGAAAACUUUGAAGUGACAACUCUCCGUAUUGAUGUUGUGACAGAUGGGCGUCAUGCUGAGGUUGAAUUUACACGAGACUGGGAGCUGGAUGCCAUGAGGCGUGACUUAACAAUAAACUCUAUGUUUCUAGCAUUUGAUGGAACUUUGUAUGACUACUAUAGUGGCAAGGCUGAUCUGGAGGAUAAGAAGGUCAGGUUUGUGGGAGAUGCUGUAGCACGCAUACAGGAGGACUAUCUUAGAAUUCUCAGAUACUUCAGGUUCUAUGGUCGUGUAGCAGUUGAUCCCAAUGCUCAUGAAGAUUUAACCCUGCAGGCAAUAAGAGACAACAUGAAAGGAUUGGCAGGUAUAUCAGGUGAAAGACUCUGGGUGGAAAUGAAGAAGAUAUUAGUUGGGAAACAUGCCCCAGAACUCAUCAAGACCAUGUUGGACCUUGGUAUGGCACAAUACAUUGGUCUCCCAGACUCCUGUAAUGUUGAAGAAUUCAAAGAGGUUUAUGAUCGCUCCAUUGCACUCAGUCCAAGUCACAUGACAUUACUAUCUGCCUUACUACAGACUGAGGAACAGGUAUACACACUAAAUAAACGUCUCAAGAUUUCCAAUGAUGAACUCAGAACUGCUCUGUUCACCAUAAAACACAGAGACGAUGACUUUGGAUCCGAACCUUUCAAUCAUUGUCAAGAUCUGUUUAUAGACACUGCAGGGAAGGAACCAAAGAAUAAGGCUAGAAUAACAGAACUUAUAAAAUAUCAUGGAAAGGGGGAACUUUUAGAGGAGUUCACAGCAUGGGAACCCAAGAAGUUCCCAGUGAAUGGAUUUUCUUUGAUAAAUGCUGGUGUUCCCAAGGGGCCCCAGUUGGCUAAGACUUUGGAUAGACUGAGGGGGAUCUGGAGAGACAGUAGGUUCACCUUAACAGAACAAGAACUACUAGAAAAGUUGAAGGAUGAUUCAAAAUGAAUCCAUAAGUGUGCCCGACUCAUAACACGCUACUACAUGGGGUAGUAAAAUAAAUGGCACUAAAGGCUUGAUGCAUAGCCAAGAUCAUGAAAUGUAUAUGUAUGUAAUAGCUGUCCAACAGUCCAAGCAUUUGAAAUAUACAAUGAAAUAAAGUCCUGUCUAAGAAUAUAAUUCUUUGGAGCACAUCUUGAUACAUCUAUAUUAUGCUGUAGGAUGAUUGGCAAGCCUAAAGAUGAAUUUGGUCAAUAAAAUAGAUUAUCAUAUGAAAAUUAACAUAUCUAA